AUGGACGCUAACGCAGAGCCCAAGACGGUGUUUAUCACGGGGUGCUCCUCCGGGAUUGGUCUCGCCGCCGCCCAGCUCUUUUUUGCACGCGGGUGGAACGUUGUCGCGACGAUGCGCGAGCCUCAGGCCUCCGAGCUGCCCGCCCUCAACACUCCCGACUUGCGCCACCGGCUGCUUGUCCUGCCGCUUGACGUCACGGAUUUCGCGUCCAUCGGCACCGCCAUCGCCGCGGCGAUCAGCGCGUUCGGACGAGUGGACGUGCUUGUGAACAACGCUGGGUACGGCCAGGCCGGGCUGUUCGAGGCGCUCCCUCGGGAAAGCGCGCAAAAGCAGUUUGACGUCAACGUCUUCGGCGUGAUGGACGUCACGCGCGCGCUCCUCUCGCACCUGCGCGCCAAUCCCGCGGGCGGGGCGGUGGUAAACGUGUCCUCGGGCGCAGGUCUCUGGGGCCUGCCGAUGACAUCCCUCUACAGCGCAAGCAAGUUCGCGCUGGAGGGCUUCACCGAGGCGCUCUCCUACGAGCUCGCGUCGCAGCACGUGCGCGUCAAGUCGGUGAUCCCGCACGGCGGCGUGACCGCGACGCAGUUCGGCGCGCGCUUCGUCGCCGGGGCCGGCGCACAGGAGCCGGCUGUGGCAAAAGUGUAUGCCGAUAUCGUGCAGAAGACCCGGGAGAGCUUCGCCAAGAUGCAAGCCGGCCCUAUGAUCUCAUCGGCCGAUGUCGCCGACACGAUCUACGCCGCGGCGACGGACGGCAGCGAUCGGCUGCGGUACCUCGUCGGGCACGACGCCCGCGGGUUCCUCGCGGCCCGCUACGGCGCGCGUGACGACGCGGAGUACAUGGCGGCCAUGCGUGUGCAUUUUGCGUAG